UCGCGAAUGAUUGAGUUAAGAAUUAACGAAGCUCAAAACAAAAAAAGCAGAGUAUAAUUUCGAGAUUGUUUAUUAGUUAAAAGGAAAGUAAUUUAAUACAUUUGUUAACCUAACCAACUUUUUAAACUUAUAUUAAUUCUCACGAUGAGCUUAACGCGAAUAUUCAUGAUAGAAAUCAAGGUGGUCGUUAAUUAGUUGAAAUGAUUUAUACAAAUGACAAACCAGCAAUGUACACCAUCCGUACAAAUGGCAUCGGGUAUUCGCGAGGCUGGCAGGCUCCGGCCGUCGGAUGCUGCGCGAUCUCCCGAUCAAUAGAGACGCCCCGCCGUCCCGCCCAGGCUCAGUACCGCGCCCGAGCCCGCCUAACCAACAUUACGGACAUUUUUUAAUAACAUUUUUUUUAAACACGUUUUGUAACCGCCAUCUUUAAUACAGUUUUUUUUAAAAGGAUUGUCGCUCCGGAGUGGUCUGGAGAUGGGAGUUUGCUGAGACGGAGGAUGGAAAUCCCGCGGCCAUCAACAUGGGUCCUCAUUUCUUUGCUGUUGCUGUUGACGAUCCUAGAUAUCGCAGAAUGCAUGAACGGUGGGAAGAUAAACUUCAGGGAGAAGGAGAAACAGAUCCUCGACCAGAUCCUGGGCCCGGGCCGGUACGACGCCAGGAUCAGACCUUCGGGCAUCAACGGAACUGGCUAUGCGCCAACGUUAGUCCAUGUCAACAUGUAUCUACGGUCCAUCAGCAAAAUAGAUGAUUACAAAAUGGAAUACUCUGUUCAGUUAACGUUCAGGGAACAAUGGUUAGAUGAGCGGCUCAAAUUCAACAAUUUGGGAGGUCGUCUCAAAUAUCUGACCUUGACUGAAGCCAACAGGGUAUGGAUGCCGGAUCUGUUCUUCUCGAAUGAGAAGGAAGGCCAUUUCCACAACAUCAUUAUGCCUAACGUGUACAUCCGUAUCUUUCCCAACGGGAACGUGCUGUACAGCAUCCGAAUAUCCCUGACUUUGUCCUGCCCUAUGAACUUGAAGUUGUAUCCUCUGGACAAACAGACCUGCUCACUAAGAAUGGCCAGCUACGGCUGGACGACAGACGACUUAGUGUUCUUAUGGAAGGAAGGUGACCCCGUACAGGUAGUGAAGAACCUCCACUUGCCCCGGUUCACACUUGAGAAGUUCCUCACUGACUAUUGUAACAGCAAAACUAACACUGGUGAAUACAGUUGCCUGAAAGUGGACCUGCUGUUCAAACGAGAGUUCAGUUACUACCUCAUCCAGAUUUACAUCCCGUGUUGCAUGCUUGUCAUUGUGUCCUGGGUGUCCUUCUGGCUAGACCAGGGAGCUGUUCCUGCUAGAGUCUCACUAGGCGUGACCACCCUGCUCACAAUGGCAACGCAGUCAUCAGGUAUCAACGCGUCCUUACCCCCCGUGUCCUACACCAAAGCCAUUGAUGUCUGGACCGGCGUGUGCCUGACCUUCGUGUUCGGAGCGCUCCUCGAAUUCGCGCUCGUGAACUACGCGUCUCGCUCUGACAUGCACAGAGAAAACAUGAAGAAAGCGAGACGGGAGAUGGAAGCAGCGAGCAUGGAUGCUGCGUCCGAUCUCCUGGACACGGACAGCAACACAACCUUCGCUAUGAAACCCCUGGUGCGCGGUGGCGUGGUGGAAUCCAAGAUGCGGCAGUGCGAGAUCCACAUCAACCCGCCGCGGAAGAACUGCUGCCGCCUCUGGAUGUCCAAGUUCCCCACCAGGUCCAAGAGGAUAGACGUCAUCUCGAGGAUCACCUUCCCACUUGUGUUCGCUCUCUUCAAUUUGGCAUAUUGGUCAACGUACCUAUUCCGCGAGGAGGACGAGGAGAAGUGAUUCUCCGCGGCCCUGGAGCGCGGCGCGGCGGCGCGCUGGUGGCUGGCCG